AUGUGUACAGCCGUGGAAAGAGUACCAAGAAAGGUCAUAAGACCAUGUCCCCCAUCAGCGAAGGGUCCAAGGGAUUGGGUCCCUGGUGACAUUCUUGAGGUCUUGGACAAUAACUCGUGGAAGCUUGCAGAGGUUUCAAGGGUUGUUGAUGAUGGUUACUUUUUUGUGAGGCUCCUUGGAUCUUGCGGGGAGUUCAAAGUCCACACAUCUGACCUCAGGCUGCGACAAUCUUGGCAAGAUGAAAAAUGGGUUGUGAUUCAAAAGACCUGCUUGGAUUCUGGAAAACCCAAUGAUAGAAUGAUGAGCAGUCUGUCAAAAGCAAAAAAAUUUAAAUGUCAGAUGCCUCAGCCAUAUCUAGAAAGUCAUAAUGCUCUUGUCUUCUCAAGAGGCACAAAGAAAAGGCCACGAGCCUCAUCGCAACCUAUCGAGAGAUGCAAUGAAGCUAGCAGAAAGUUGAGAGCAAUUGAGAAAGAUGGACGGUGUGAGCGAAUAUUUGGAAUUCAUUCCUCCCAGUCAUUGGAAAAGGUAGAUGCUGUCGCUUCCCCACGAACAGUUCUGGGUGAGCAAUGCUUGCAUGCUUCCUUAAACAACAAAAUGACUGGGUUUUCUAAAUUGGAUUCACAGAGGGGAUUACCAAAUAUUGAUGUUAAAUGUUGUCUCAUAACAAGUUCAGAAUCUAGUGAUGCUGAGAGUGCCUCAUCCUCUGUUGGUAGUUGUAGUGCCAGCAAUAGUCCAUAUAGAUUACCACACUGUCCUGGAAUGGGUCUUACUCAAGAUUUGUCUAGUCAUUCAGACGAUGCUGAAAUUUGUUGUGGGUCAGGAAGAGAAUCAUCUCCUCCCACUAAAGAGGUGUUAGCAGCAGAAAUUCAUCAGUUGGAGUUGCAUGCUUACCGUUCCACUAUGAGUGCAUUCUAUGCUUCUGGACCCAUAAGCUGGGAACAGGAGGCAUUGAUGACAGACCUGCGUCUUAUGCUAAACAUAUCAAAUGAUGAACAUUUGUUGGAGAUAAAGAAUUUAGUGACUUCUGAAAUAGGCGGAACCCUCUAA